AUGCCGAACCCCUCCGUCGUCCUCGCGACCGCGGGAUACGACCACACCGUCCGCUUCUGGGAGGCGACGCGCGGGAUCUGCUAUCGCACGCUGCAGUACGCGGACUCGCAGGUGAACAAGCUCGAGAUCACGCCGGACAAGCAGUACCUCGCGGCCGCGGGGAAUCCGCACGUCAGGCUCUACGAAGUCCACACGAGCAACCCGCAGCCGGUGACGUCGUACGACGGGCACUCCGGAAACGUCAACGCGGUCGGGUUCGAACGCGAGGGGCGGUGGAUGUACAGCGGCAGCGACGACGGGACGGUGAAGAUCUGGGACCUGCGCGCGGGGGGGUACCAGCGAGAGUACGAGAGCAGAGGCGCGGUGACGUGCGCGGCGUUGCACCCGAAUCAGACGGAACUCAUCAGCGGCGACCAGCACGGCAACGUCCGCGUCUGGGACCUCACCGCGAACGCGUGCAGCUGCGAGCUCGUCCCGGAGGUUGGCAGCGCGAUACGAAGCGUCUCCAUCGCGAGCGACGGGUCGUUGGUCGUCGCCGCGAACAGCACGGGGACGUGCUACGUGUGGAAGCUCCGCAGAGGCGCGAAGACGACGGCGCACUUCGAGCCGUUACACAAGCUCAACGCGCAUCCCAACGCGUACGUGCUCAAGUGCUUGCUCUCGCCGGACUGCCGGCUGCUCGCGACGACGAGCAGCGACAAGACGGUCAAGCUGUGGAACCUGGACGGGUUCAAGCUCGAGCGCGUGCUGGAGGGGCAUCAGAGGUGGGUGUGGGACUGCGUGUUUAGCGUCGACGCGGCGUAUUUAGUCACGGCGUCGAGCGACACGACGGCGCGGCUGUGGGACUGCGCGAGCGGGGAGGCGAUACGCGUGUACAGCGGGCAUCACAAGGCUGCGGUGUGCUGCGCGCUGAACGACAGCGCGGUGGACGCGUGAGGGGGGAUGUGGUGGGGGGGAGGAUGUAGCCGAACGUAUAUAUACUAGUUGUUGUACCACGAGCUCUCAGAGAUUUUUUCUU